AUGUCACAGAACUUAGUCUACCUGUACCCAGAGGAGCAGCAGGAGGAGGAGCAGGGAGCCAGACCGGUGGAGCCGGCCAGCCGCCUGGUCAGCGUUACGCGCGUGCUGCAGGCCACGAUGAGCGAGGAGAGUCGCGCCGCUCUGCGCCGCUGGGAACUGGCCAUGGUGAAGAAGCACGGCGAAGACGGAUUCGCCGAAAUCAAACAAGCCAUGCUAGAGACGGGACGGGAGUGGCACGCGGCCCUGCACGCCCACCUGACUGGCGAGGGCGAGGUGCGUCAGCUGACGCCGACGGCCGACGGCUUCUGGCGCAGCGUGCGUCCCGUGCUGGCGCUGGUCGACUCGGCCCGUGUGGCCGCCUCCGAGCGUGACGUCACACACAGCCCGCUCGGCUACCACGGCGUGGUCGACUGUGUGGCUCCCUUCAGGUGA